AAAGUGGUCUGCAGUUUUGGCGCGGUUGUCAGCCAUCUUGGACCCGCUACACACCGCGAGCCUCCUCUGCUCAGACUUCAUUGAUUGUUUUUUGUUGUUGCUUUCAUUAGGGUAAAACCUGCUUUGCAUCCCAGCGUAAACAAACAAUUAGUUGUUUGUUUUUCUCUCUCACUGAAGAUAACUUACGAUUAUUUACGGAAUCGUUAUGGCGACCGCUAACGUUACUCCAAGCCGAGAAUCUGGCCGGACAGCGGCCUCUACCCCGCUGUCCCCGACUCGGAUAUCUCGCCUGCAGGAAAAACAAGACCUGCAGCAUCUGAACGACAGGCUGGCCGUGUACAUAGACCGGGUCCGGUCUUUGGAGCUGGAGAACGACCGACUGAUGGUCAAAGUGUCUGAGAAGGAGGAGGUGACCACUAGAGAGGUGAGUGGUCUGAAAGCUCUCUAUGAGGCAGAAUUAGCUGAUGCCCGACGGGUUUUGGAUGAAACUGCUAGAGACCGAGCCAAGCUUCAGAUUGAACUCGGGAAGGCUCAAUCUGACCUGGAGGAAGCUACUCGCAGUGCCAAGAAGAAGGACAGCGACCUCGCUGCAGCUCUGUCCAGGGUCAGCGGUUUGGAGGCUCAGCUGAAUAAGAACGAAGCUUCUCUUUCUACAGCUCUGAGUCAGAACGCUGCGCUGACUUCAGAGCUCGCUGACAUCAAGAGCCAGCUGGCCAAGGAGAUGCGUGAGUCUCGGCACCGACAGGAGCAAAGAAUCGUGGAGGUUGACUCUGGAGUCAGGCAGGACUACGAGUUCAAACUGGCUCAAGCUUUACAGGAUUUGAGGAAGCAACAUGAUGAACAAGUCUCUAUUUAUAAGGAUGAACUGGAGAGCACAUUUAAGGCCAAGUUGGAUAAUGCCAAGGUGUCCUCUGAGAUGAAUGACAAAGCUAUGAACUCAGCCAGAGAGGAGGUGCAGGAGUCCCGCAUGAGAAUUGAGAGCCUUGGUUAUCAGAUGAGUGCCCUGCAGAAACAGCUGACUGCCUCAGAAGAUCGGAUCAAAGAGCUGGAGGACGCCUUGUCAGCAGAGCGAGACAUGCACCGCCGUGCCAUCGAAGGAAAAGAACAAGAAAUGGCCGAGCUGAGAGACAGAAUGAAUGCUCAGCUCAGUGAGUACCAGGAGCUGCUAGAUGUUAAACUGGCUCUGGACAUGGAAAUCAACGCAUACAGAAAGCUGCUGGAGGGAGAGGAACACAGGACCAACCUUUGGGCAACUGGAGAAUAAAGAGGCAGGUUGAUGAUGAGGAGGAGAUCAUCUACAAGUUCUCCCCAAAGUUUGUCCUGAAGUCUGGGCGGACCGUCACGGUGUGGUCUGCUGAUGCUGGAGUUGCCCACAGUCCACCCACUGAUCUGCUGUGGAAGAGCCAGGCUAACUGGGGCACAGGAAUUGUCAUUGUGACCUCUCUGAUUAAUGCUGACGGAGAGGAGGUGGCCCGGAGGACUGUCACCAAGACUCAGGUGGAGGUUGAAAAUGGUGAUGGGGAGGAAGAUGAAGUGGUGCAGACGGGCAAAGUGUCUUCAAGAGAGUGUGCCGUCAUGUGAAGCCUUCAGCUUCCUGAUUUUUAUUUGACUUAUUCUUAUGUAUUAUUUGACUAUUUUUAUUGAGAGCCAUUCCAUUAUUACCUGUGCUCAGUAAGUGUUUUUAUCAUUUCAGACUUUACUAGUACAUUGAAUUGGGCUUUUAGUUUGUUAUUAUUUUAAAGAAUAUUCAGCAGAAGCAGUAUCAGUAAACAGGACUGUUGGUGGAUCCACAAACUGAACCUGUUCAGUUUAUUCCAAACACUCCCACUCUUCUUUUAGUUUUAGUCAGUUAUUCAAUUUAUCUGCUGUAGGUUUUAUAUUUAGUAACACAUUUUGUUGAAGAAGAAAAAAAAGCCAAAUUAAAUGUUGGGAAAAGUACAUUUUCUUUGCAAUUAUGUUAAGUUUCCAAUGAAAUCAGUUUGUAGUGAUGUGUUGGUUAGAGGCUCAGAUUAAAGGACAGAUUAAAGACCCUCUGUCAGGCUCCUGGACUUAACGGGGUUUUCCACUAAAGAGAUUUCAGUGCCAGACCAGGUCUGGAGCUGGUUCCUAACUGGUUCUAAUAAUCUGCUAGAGCCGGAGUUAAUCUGACUUCCUGUUCAUGUUAAAGUGUUUUCUAUUAAAUUAAAGAAAACAGCAAUUCACAAGUUUUAUUGGUUGUUUGUCUCCAUGAGUCCGUCUUUCUGACAAAACCAUUUUUUUUUUUUCUUUUGCUCUGGUCCAGCAUAGUUUGUGUAGGUUCUGGUUUUUCAGUACCAGAACCAGAACACACAGUCGUGGGAACACAGAGCUCCAGUUCAGCACUGGAACCUGUUUGGUGGGAAAAACCUCAUAGUUUGAGCCUCAUGUACACAAAAAAAAAAGUAGCGUAUUAACUUUGUGCAAAAGUAUCAACAAUGAAAGGACUGUGGAACAGCUCAGUCCCACACACAUAUACGUUUCUACAGGUUUUCUUCUGUUGGCAACACCAGGUGCAUUCUGGGAAACUGUUGCGGAUGUGAAUUAAUAUUAAACACACCUCUGCUUUGUUAGGUUGAGCUGAAAGUCAGAUUUUUGGUGUCAGAGCGAGCGUGGCCAUGUCAGCAUGCAAACAGUUUAAGAAGCUGGGCUCCUUCAUAUUAUCCCACGUAGAAAAAUCUAACUUUAAAAUCAUUUAUAGGUCUGUUUGGUGUGAAAAUAUUCAAAUAAAUGUUGAAUCUGCAAAUCAGAACAAAUAAUAGUUCUGUCAUCACGUUAAGGCAGCCAGUGUCCCGCUUUAGGUGUUUAAAUGUUCAUUUUAGUCGUCAAAUUUAACCACAAACAAAUAAAUUACUCAACGAUUUGUUUUUAUCUUCUCAUACAAUCUAUUACAUAUAAACUAAGCUGUUUUAAGUUAUGUUUCUCUCCUCACAUAGUUUGCGCUGAACAUUAGGUUUGUAAACUUGAAUCCUUUGUCACGGUGCGCCACAGAGAAGCUGCCGUUUGAAACACGACUCCAUCAAUCAUCGAGUUGAUGAAGUAGAAAUGGGCUGUGUUUUCAUUCUUCAUUAAACUUUCAGAGACGUCCAUCACACAGUUCAUCAGAUAAAUUCUCUGAACAUCAGAAUAUUUGAUAAAUCAACCUCUGAGUCUCUGUUUACAGCAGUUAUGUCAUAAUGACGCACCUCUGGCUCGCUUCAUUCACUCACUAUUAGAGUGUGGAGUUUGUGUUUGAUACUGGAUGAGAGGCGACAGACAGCUGCAGGUGUGAAGCAGCUCUGACAAGCUUCACACACACACACACACUCACACACACACACACACACACUCACUCUUUUGGCUCAGGGCUAAUGCUAAAGGACAUUAAUACACGCUCCACUACCUUAUUUAGGAGCGUAUCUAACAUUUCACAAAAUUCUUCUUUUCUCUGCUUGUAGACAUGAUUUUAAUUGCGCAGAGAGGAAAAUCACACACAGAGCUAUUUGUGUUUUUAAAUGGAGGCGCGUCGUCGUCGCUCUGCUCCACGUUGAAUCAUGAAGCUCAAAGGAAGUGUGCUCGGAUUCAUGCAUACGCCUGGUUUAAUACAGCUGAAUGUUUUGUUUGUAUCUCAUUUUCUUGAUUUAAUCACAUCUUUGUGUGUGAGGCUCUAAUUGUCACUGAGAAAAGCCUCAAAUCCUCAUGUUUUGUUUUUUUAUUAUAAUUAACUUCAAUACACUAAACAGGACAUCUUAAAUCAAGAUGAAGUUGGGAGUUUUAGUGUCUGGAGACAUUAGUUUAGUCAUUUUAAAGAUGUGUAUCGGUUGUUUUUGGUUUUAAAUAUAGGAUUUUGCUUUUUAAACGGAAUAGAACCGGUUCUUUUGAAUGUUGAGUUAGUAAUGAUGAGUUGUGUGAAAAAGCUUUAGAAGAUUGUCAACUGAUGCAUUCGGUCCUAAAACGUUUUGCGAUCAGAUGUCGGCUAUUAGGCAUAUACAUACACACACACACACGUUUCUCUAUACUUGCGUGGACUUUGCAUUGACUUCCAUUAAUUUCAACAGCCUGACCCCCUUACCCUAAACCGAACUCACAAAUAGUGUUGUUCCACUGUGUGGACCAGACAGAUGUCCACAGAAUGACAAAAUGUCCUCAUAAGCAUAGUGUAAUGUUAAAAUAUUUUUGCAGAGAGAUCACAGUAAACAGUAAAAGAUAAUUUAUAGUUCAGACAUCAGAACUGUGAUAUUUUGACGUGAACAUGAUUUAGAGUUAUUUAAUUCCCAUUUCUGGAUGAGUUACCUCUUAAGCUUAUUUACUUUUACCCUCUGCUCGGUUUAAUUAGGUAAAAAAUGCAACGCAACACUUAUUCUGUGACUGACAUGAGGUUAUAGCUGACAGUAAACCUCAAAACAGCUCUAAAAGUAAACAAACUCUAAACUGGAGGUAAACUCACCCAUACAGUGUCCUAUAAUUUACUUUAAUCCCAACAAAACAAAUAAAAAUAAUUCAAGUUUAUUGAGAAAUAACAAAAAGCUGUAUUUUUUUAAAUGUUCCUUAAGAUCACAGUUUAGUUAUUGGUGAAAUGACAGCUGAGCCAACUUUUUUUGUAUUAUUAUUAUUAUUUCUCUUGGGGCAUUUACUCUGCUUCCUGUGUGGGAUCGGUGGCUGGAUUAGGAUUAGACUGCCAAACAUGCGAUAUAAGGGGACCAGACCACCUCUGAAGGUGGUGUAAGUGAAAACACUGAGCCUCUAUUUGCUGUCAGAGCAAACAAAAAGCUGAAGACACAAGUUAGUGACAAAUGUAAACAGGGUCUUCAAUAAAUAAAAUUAAUCUGGAUUUAAACCCUCUAAGAUACAGGGAGGGUGUUACCCCCCACAGAGGCUGACUCUUUAGUCCACAGAUCUUUUUUUACUGACAGCACUUACACUAAAAAAAAACUAAAUGAUUGAUUUUGAAAGAACAGUGGAGGAGUAGGUUGUUUUAUAUAUUUGUUUGUUUAUUUUCCUCAGUGUGGAGGAUCCUCUGAGUUUAUUCCAGAUGCUCUCACCCCUUAUUUCAGCCUUUUGUAGCUUUUUGUCGGACCUCGGUCAUCACUGAGUUUGUAGUCGUAGGUUAGUGUGGAGAUGUGGAGGUUUUGGUUCAGUCUGUACCUCAUUAGACUGUCUGAGGACAGAAUAACAGGAGUCUCAAAAUACAUCUAAAAACAUUUAGUUUCUUCAUUUGCUCAGGAUUGUCUCAGAGGUUGGCAGAUGAGUUGCUUCUGGUGGUUCAGGCAUCUGUUUAAGAUGUAAGUUUGGGUUUGACUGUCUUUAUUUCUACAGUCCAGUAGAUGAAAUCAUGGAUGUAGGGCAGAAGAUGUGUGAGACCUACAGUACAGAUUUACAACAAUAGGCUGAGCUGAUGCCUGGCUCAGUGGUUUGUGGUAAACACUCAGAAUUCAGUGGAACUACAGCAGUUUGCCGUCUUUUUCUCCUCACAUUUUUUGACCAACUAGUCUAAACUAGUCUAGGUCCAGUGACUGCAUCACUGCAAAGGCUCCAACCAAAACCCACGUGGUCCAUGUCCUAGAAAGCUGUAAUUGCAUCAGUUUAAUCUAGUUUGCAGUUGGACCUCACUGGACUGCAGUCAGACUCAGUUCUGCAGCUGCCCCAGGUGGUCUCUCUUUUGGUAUCCUGAAUUUACACAUUAGAGCCGCCUAGAAGGAAAAACUGAGGGUUUGUUUUGCUUUUAUUUUAUUAUUAUUUUUUUUUUUGUUUCAGAGUUUUGAGAUUCAAGUCCAAAUGUCUUGAGUAAAGUUAUAAAUCAUUGAAACGAAGCCCUGAUGACCACACCAUCACGCUAAUUUACAUCUGGAGCUAAAAACCUGUAUUUACUCGUGAGCUUUUUUUAUUAGCUAAAGAUGAUUUAAAAUGGAUUUUGAAAUCCAUACUCUGUCUGUUUGAAUCAUCUUACGAUUUUGACUUUAAUCUCUGACCUUUGAAACAAGAAAAUAAUGUUUUUUUCCACCUUGGGCUGAUCCUGAUGGUUUCAGCAGAAGAGAUCAGGUGCUUCAGGUGUACUUCUGACUUGAGUACAUAGUACAUAUUUCAGUAAAUCUUUUCCUAAAUCAUUAUGGGAAACUUUUUACAGGUCUAUAAAACAAAUACUACUGGCAAACUUCAACCCUUUCAGUCUAAAGGAAUAGAAAAAAAACGUGACUUACGAGAGUAAAGAGUCCUGGACUUUAUUCUAAAUAAAGAGCAGUAACUCCAUGUAAACAUGUCGAUGUUCUAAAGAACAACUUGCUCAAAGAUGAGAAACACUCCAAAUGUUGAACUGCUCGUGAAAACACGUCUGGGAUGAUGUUAGACUAUUUUUUUUUAUAGUUUGUGAAGUGUUUUUAUUCUUGAACUUUAGCCUCAGUGUUCAUGUGUGGGGGGUGGUGGGGGUUUGAAAUAAAAAUAUGUACACUUUCUUCUCUGAUUUCCUGUCUUAUCUAAUUUUGUACGCUCAAUAAAGUUUUACAUUUAAA